UGGUGGAAAUCAGCUGAGCGAUUCAAUUCUAGCUGCUCUCAGCUUUGAAUUUUAGCAUGACGCCUCUGUCCUUUCUUCCGCUGGCUUUUUACUGCUUUUAAAACUGUCGAUUUAUUUAAAUUCAUUUGGUUUAUUUGGCACGAAAUCCUGUGGUCUGUCGACCAUCCUGGUUUGCUGCAGUGGACAGAUGCUGAGCAUGCUGGGACAUGACUGAGGCGUGAUGGAUCCAGAAGAAGCCGAGCUUCAGAAUGACUACCGUUACCGAAGUUAUGCAGCCGUCAUUGAGAAGGCGCUGCGAAACUUUGAGUCAUCUAGUGAAUGGGCCGAUCUCAUUUCAUCACUGGGAAAACUCAACAAGGCUCUCCAGAGUAAUCUAAAGUACUCUCUGUUACCGCGCCGGCUGAUCAUUGGAAAGCGUCUGGCUCAGUGUUUGCAUCCUGCCCUGCCCAGCGGUGUCCAUCUCAAAGCACUUGAGACCUAUGAGGUCAUCUUUAAAAUCAUUGGCACAAAAUGGCUUGCGAAGGAUCUCUUCAUAUACAGCUCAGGCCUGUUCCCAUUGCUGGGUCAUGCAGCGAUGUCUGUAAAGCCCGUUCUGUUGACUCUGUACGAGAGGUACUUCCUGCCCCUUCAGAGGGCACUGCUACCCAGCCUGCAGGCCUUUAUCAUGGGCCUGCUGCCUGGACUGGAGGAGGGAGCAGAGGUCUAUGACAGGACGGAUGCCUUGCUUGUGAAGCUGUCAGUGUUGGUGGGUCAGUCUGUGUUUUAUGGGGCACUGUGGGGUUCAGUGCUCAUUUGUCCUCUGGUGCGGCUGCCAGCUUCACUCUUCAUCGUUGCACAUUUUGACCACUCAAUCACAGCUAAAGAACAGAAAUUUAUGCUUGGGACAGAUCACAGACUAGUGGUGAAAGCUGUUUGUCUUGCUUUACAAGACUCUAAUGUUCUGGUCCAGAGGAACACGCUGGAAAUCCUUCUCUACUUCUUCCCCUUCACGACCUUCCAGGAUCCUGGCGAGUGUGCAAUUCCAUUAAAGCAAGAUGAGAUGAUCAGUGUUGUGUCUGCAGCCUCACUCACACUGCUCAGGAGAGACAUGUCUCUCAACCGGCGCCUCUAUGCAUGGAUGCUCGGCUUGGACAUUAAAGGAGGAAUGGGGGCUGCAGACUCCAGUCACUACAGCACUGUGGAGGAAUACACUGCAUUCUACUUUAAUACACAUUCCAGAGAAUUACUGGUGCAGGCUCUGGUGAAUAUUCUGAAGCAGAAAGAUAUCGAGGCUAACCCUGACAACCUGAUAGAUUAUCUCAGGCCGUUUCGCAUCAUCAUUAGCCUGCUGGACAAAUCAGAGAUAGGGCCUUUGGUGUUGUCUGAUGUGUUGCUGGAGGUGGUCAGAGCGUUUUACAGCUACUGUAUAGUGAUGCUGGGAGACAACGGUAACAACACCAGCCUCACUGGCAGCCAACUCAACAGUAAAAUCAAGGAGAAUAAGAACUCCUCGGAGAUAAUAAAGACUGUCAAUAUGCUUGUGAGCGCCAUGAGCAGCAAUUUUCUCUGGGACUACAUGACAAGACACUUCCAAAUCUGUCUCAGCUCACUGAGCGAUCCAACUGAAAAGAGUCCAUCUAAAUCCUGGAGCAGCCCCUCGUCAGUGACUGAACUCUCCACACUUAUUAUCUUCUUGCUGGAUGUUAUUCCUUUGGAACUCUACCCAGAGAUUCAAACGCAAUACCUGCCACAGAUGUUGGGCAACAUGUUGCAGUCGCUACGUAGUCACAUGACUUCUCUCAGCCUUUCAGAACUUACGCAGGCCACGAGGGCGUGUUUUAAAGUGCUUAGUAAGAUACAGAUGCCAGUGGCUUAUAUGGAUAUGGAGGCCGAAUCACAGACACAAGAUGUUGAACAAACACAGAUUAUGAUGACGGGCAACAACAAAGUAAAGGAAAGUGAGCAGGUGGAUGGUAACCAGAAUAGCGGCUCUGCUGAGGAUGGUCUGAAUGGACAUGAGGCACAGGAGGUGGAGGCGGGUGAAGCUCCGUAUCCCCCUUUACGCUCUGAAGACAGUGGAUUAGGGCUGAGCGCGUCUCCGUCUGAACAGCAUCUCCUGCCUGUUCAUAAUGGAAUCGAAAGUGCUUCAGGUGUAAACUCUGAGGCUGAGGACGUGUGGAGAAGAGGAGGAACUAUAGAAAACAUGUCUAAAUGUGUGCAGGACAUACUGGCAUCUCUGAUCACAAGACAUUUGUUAGACAUGGUGGAUCCAGAGAAGAAGAAGAAACAGGAAGAAGCAAAUCAGUUUGAUGCUAAUGCGUCUCCUAAAAGCAGCAAGCGGUCUCCACUGAAACGGAAAGGCAGCCGAGACCUGGGUCUGAUCAAAGACAGGCUUGCAGAGUUCUUCAACCCCAGUAAACUGAGGAUUCAUGCCCUUCACGGGUUAUCUAGAGAAGGGGGUAAAGACCACAGACCUGCACAGUUGGAGUGGAUGGGAAAUUUUCAGUCAAAGAGCAAAGGGGAGAUAUCAGAAUCAUGCCGUCAGGCUUUUACUGUGCUCUGCCAGCUUCUCCUGGAAUGUACGACAUUUCCUGUCUAUUUCACAGAGGAAGAAAAUCAAGAGCUGCACACAUCUAUGUUCAACAAGACAGGGAUUGAUGGAACACUUCCUGAUUGGCUGAGGUCCUUAAUGACUCUGUGUUGCUUGACUAAAGACUACCAGGUGCAACAUAUUGCCAUCUCCUCUUUGCUAGAGAUGAUCAACCACUCUCAGUCUCUAGCACUGGUCAUUCAGGAUAAAAACCAGCGUCAUAGGAACUCUGAUGCAAACCCACUCAGUGGACAGCUCCAAAUGGUCACCCUGCCGCCAGUCUACCCUGUGGUUCUCAAAACUCUGGAGGACUCCACAGACUUCUAUUUGCGUGUAUCUCAGGUGUUGUGGGCUCAGUUAGACACUGAGCGUAAAGAGCAUCAUGUAUCUUGUGUGGAGCUUUUUUAUCGACUUCACUGCUUGGCUCCAUCUGCAUCCAUCUGUGAGGACAUCAUCUGCUUGGGUUUACUGAGCGGGGACAAGGUUGUAUGUCUGGAGGCGCUCCACAGGUUUUCUGUCUUGUGGCACCUGACACGAGAAAUCCAGACCAGUCGUAGCACUUCUCUCAACCGCUCAUUUGACAGGUCUUUAUUUGUGGUACUAGAUAGCUUGAACAAUCAGGAUGGUAGUGUUCGUGCUGCAGCACAGAACUGGUUGGUGCGUGCUCUCUCUCUCAGUGAUGUAGUCCGUAUCUUGGAACCGGUGCUGCUCUUACUGUUGGACCCGAAAACACAGAGAUCACCUAUACAAAGCAUCAAACAGAAUCUUUCUGCUGGUAAUGUAAAGGCACUGAUCUGGCGAGACCGAUCCAUCCCAAAAAGUGCUGGAGACAGCAUGACACCUGGUUGCCAAACAGAAGAAAGCUUUGUGAAUCGCAUAACCAUAGUAGACCGUGAAGCACUGUGGGCGGAGUUGGAACGAGACCCAGAAUUAACACCCCCCGAUUCACCAACAAUUUCCCAGAGUGAGAGUGAAGAGACAGAGGGGGAGGAUGAAGAAGUAGAGGAAGAAGAGGAAAGUGAACACACAGAAUCUGCAGACACCAGCGGUGCUCAGAACUCCACUGAAAACUCCAGCUCAAGCUCCGGCCCUUACUUACAGCGACAUGAGGAUGGCAGUGUGGAAGAGGACGCUGUUCCCAAUGGCCUGCAGAGGGUGGAUUCAGAACGUACACAGGUUUCCGAUUCGCUCUCUAGUGAUGAAGAUGAUGGGCAGUUAGAAGCCAUGGCCAAGACCCGGCAGCUAAAAAGACAGCGGGAGAAACGUGAGGCAGUGGAUUCGCUGUUCCGUCAUGUUCUGCUCUAUAAGCAGCAGUACGAGAGCAGCCAGAUUCUGUACGCCUUCACUAUUUUAGAGACCAUCCUUCGAACAAGUGCAGGGCCGUUUGUGGAGGCUCUUUCCAGUACUUCUCUGGACUGCAGUUCUAUUGCUCAUCUCAACCUCAUCCAGAACCUUCUGCAGAGGCACCGUCAGGCUCAGGAUGGUGGCUGCUUCUAUGGGCAAUUGCAGAGCUCAACUCCACCAAAUGGAGGCACUCCUGAUGCAUCCCAGCCUGCCUUAUCUCCUCUCCAUUCACCUUCUUGUCCGCCAACUCUCCUCCUAGAGCUGCUCACCAGCCUAUGUAUGCGUUACCUCCGCUCAAACUAUCCAUCAUAUGCUAGUGUUCCCACUCGCCAACUCCAAGCCAAUCGAGAGGUGCAGGUAAAAAGCGUGGAGGUGCUGACAGAGUUGAUGAUCCAGUUGGUGAGGGUGGCCCAGCAAAACGGAGACACAAAGGGAACUGCUAGUGUGGAAGCAGUGCGCAACCUUCUUUGGGGAUACAAGGUGCAGCAGUAUGUCCUUCUAACACUUUCUGCCUCCAUGUAUGUCUGCCAGAGAGUAGAUCGGCCUGACCAGCACACAUUGCCAGAAGAAGACCAAGGACAAGACGGAGGAGAGAUCUCAGAGGAGAGCCUUAUCAAUUUUGGCCGGGAUGGGACUUGGGCUGAGCAUCCGCUCCAGAUUGCCCUACUAAAGCUUCUAAAGGUUCUUAUAGUAUUGGAGCAUCAUGUGUGCCCACCACAUACCAAGCCACAAGAACACGAUCAAGGCCAGUCUAACCCACAGCGUCGCGUAGAACCACCGUCCUCUGCUUUGGCACGAGAGUGGCAAACAGCUGUGAUGUUCCAGCAGUCCAUAAAAGCAGUGCGUUAUGUAUCCAGUCAGCCUAUCACCGCCCAGGGCAUGUUUGUGUCUGCAGCCGCUCGGGCUUUGCACCCACAGUAUGGCUGUGCCAUGCACCCAGCCUGGGUCACUCUGCUGUGUGAAGUUCUGCCAUAUUUAGGACGAUCACUGGCCAUCAUUGUAUCACCAAUAAUUGCCCAGAUCUGCAGGAACUUUGAUGAGCUUGUUAAACAGCACGAGCAUGAUGGAAUCAAGGGUUCACACAACGGUACCUUAAAGAGGGAGAACAUAGCGCCUGACUAUCCUCUGACACUGCUGGAGGGACUGACCACUAUAACACACUACUGUCUGCUGGACCACAAGAAAGCAACUGCAGGCGGUGAUGUUCCAGACCUGCGAAAUGCCAGCAAUGCCAUUCUGGAGGAGUUUCCACAUAUGAUUAGCAGCAUGGCCUUACUCUGGGGCGUGGUCAAGGGCUGUGACUCCACCCAUGGUAGUAGAACCACACCCACUUCUGUGUACUUUAAAAGCACUAAGAUCCUGCGGCAAAAGGUUCUGGAGUUCUUAAUGCCAUUGACCCAGCAGUUUGGAGUGCAGGUCAUGGCCUCUGUGGCCGCUGUGUGGAAUAGCAGGAAAAGCCGUAAAAGACGUUCCAGAAACAAGAUUUUACCAGAUGCUAGUGAUUCUCAGAUGACCCUAGUGGAUCUAGUGAAGGCAUUAAACACACUCCGUACAGACACCAUACUACAGCUCAUCAGAGAGGUGGUGAAGAAACCUCAUCAGAUCAAGGGAGACCAGAAGUCUACUUUAGUUGACAUUCCAAUGCUGCAGUUCAGCUACGUCUACAUUCAAAGUCUCACCGCUCAAGCUCUUCAGGAGAACAUUAAUCCUCUCCUCUGUCUGCUCAGAGAAUCUGUUCAGCUCAACCUUGCCCCACCUGGACACUUCUUACUCCUUGGCAUCCUUAAUGACUGUGUAAAUAGACUUCCCAAUAUCGACAACAAGAGGGAUACCAAAGAACUGCAGGAAGUGAGCCAGCGUAUACUGGAAGCGGUGGGAGCUGUGGCCGGCUCGUCUCUCGAGCAGACCAGCUGGCUGAGUAGAAACCUGGAGGUAAAAGCACAGCCUCAAGUCUGUCUUCAGGGAGAUGAAGAUGACCAUGACGGAAAUGAAUUUGAAGAGUGUGCAGGUCAGGGCAGUACUAUGGUAUCGUCUUCAGCACCAUCUGUAUUCAGUGUACAAGCUCUGGUUCUGCUGGCUGAGGUUCUGGCUCCACUUUUGGACAUGGUCUAUCGCAGCGACGAGAAGGAGAAAGCUGUGCCUCUCAUUUCACGUCUAAUGUAUUAUGUUUUUCCCUAUCUAAAAAAUCACAGUGCCUAUAACAUGCCUAGUUUCUGUGCGGGUGCUCAGUUGUUGAGCAGUCUGAGUGGAUAUGCCUACACUAAGCGAGCGUGGAAGAAAGAGGUGCUGGAGCUCUUCAUGGACCCUCUGUUUUUCACAAUGGAGUCCUCAUGUUCCUGCCACUGGAGAUCCAUCAUAGACCAUCUUCUGACUCAUGAGAAAACAAUGUUCAAAGACUUGAUGAGUAUGCAGAGCAGUUCUUUAAAACUCUUCAACAGCGCUGAGCAGAAGCCUAUGUUACUGAAGCGACAGGCUUUUGCCAUGUUUAGUGGAGAAAAUGACCAGUAUCACUUCUAUUUGCCUCUCAUUCAAGAGCGUCUGACAGAGAACCUGCGUGUAGGACAGACGCCAUCAGUGUCCGCUCAGAUGUUUCUCAUGUUUCGUGUUCUCCUUUUGAGGAUCUCACCACAACAUCUCACCUCCCUCUGGCCAAUCAUGGUGACUGAGCUGAUACGCAUUUUUAACCGCCUUGAAAAGGCACUGCUGGAUGAUAAAGAAGUUUCAAAGAGUAAAUUGCGGGGUGGCCAUGACAAGAAUGGUCUACUGUGUUUCCCUCAGGCCGAGCUGGACAUGUACUUGUCAGCCUGCAAGUUCCUGGACACCGCAGUGUCUUUCCCUCCAGACCACAUGCCUCUGUUUCAAAUGUAUCGCUGGGCUUUCAUUCCUGAGGUAGAUGUCGACCAUUAUGACGGACCAGGAAAUACUCUGCUGGAAGGCGAACAAGAGUGUAAACCUCAUAUUGUCAGGAUACUGGAUGGAAUAAACCGACGCUACGGGGAUCUGAAUGGAACAGCAGCGGAGUCGAGCACAGAUCGAGUGGAGUUUCCUUUGCUCACGCUGCGCUCUCUCUACUCUAUUGUGGAUCUGGUGCCAUUCUUCAACACCCUCUGCUGCUCUUUUAAUGGCUCCUCCUCUGCACACCUCUCUCAUUAUGCCGCCGACUACCCGCCGUCCAGCAGUGAUCAGGUCAUGAAGCGCCUGGAGCACAUCACCGAAGGAGAGUUCCUGGAUGGAAUGGACAGUUAAAUGAGAAAUCCCAUCCCUAAACCUCUUACUCAAAGUCUGUAUUUCCUUUUGGAUUUUAUGUAAUCAGUUUCUCUUCAUUGUUAAAGGUGCAAUGAGCUUUCAUUGUAGCAAAGUAGUUUACAUGAAAUGUUUAAAGGACCCUGAUUAGUUUCUUAAGAUCUUAAUCGAUGCACGUCAAGUUAAAGGUCUUAAACUUUGACUAUUCUAAGACGUACAUGCUGUGAAUGUAUAUCAUUUUUGUUUUAAUUUGGCUUAAUGUGGGCUUUGCAUUAAUUCUGUGCACAUUCCAUUAAUGUUCGUUAGUGAUUGAGCCAAAUUAAAGAUUAUUUGGUCAUUAAGGAAAUGUAUUACUUGAUUGGUCCAUGGCAUUUAUUUCAGUUGUAUCUUAGGCUAUUAGUCAUUUCUCAAACUGAAAUCCAAUUGCAGUGUUUUUCCUGAACUGUUUUUUUUUCAUCUUCAUGAAAGUCUCAUCUAUCUGUUGGAAAAUAUUGACAAUGUCAUUUGUUUGCCUGCCAGUAUCCGUUGCUUUCUGAAUGUCUUCUAUUCUGCUGUAUUUCCUCUCCCUCUUUAAAUUAAGGAAAAUAUACAUCUUUAUUCUUAUGUGGAUAUUGAAUGUCUAUAUAGAAUAAAUAUUCUGUUAAUAUUUACAGCAGAGGAAUUGUAAUGCACUUUUUUUCUGUACCCAAGGGAAUUGUUUUCAUCCAUGUCUGUGUGUGACCUUAAGGACGUUUUUAUGUUGUUGCUUUAAUACUAGCAUGCAGAACCAGAUUCAGCUAUCUCAAAUGCUACUUGCUAGAAUACAUUGCCCUUUGAUUGAAGUGCCUCAAAACAAAUGCUCUAGUUAAGGAAUAGUUUUAGAUGUUCUGUAGUUGUAGUGGCAGAAAAUGGCAAAAGAGAAGCUAAUAAUUCCAGUAAUCGUUAUUCCUCAAGUGAAAACACAAAGACGUCCACAUCUUCACUCCAUGUUGUUUAGUGGUUUAUUCUCUGGAAUGUAUUCAUUUUAAAUUGUACUUUUUAAUUUAUAUUAAUGCUUAUUAAAGUGAAUUAUUUUAAGCAAAUAUUCUGCAGAUCUGAAUAAAAUUGCU